UAUUAGAACGCAAGAUGGAGUACACAGAUCUAUCUCAGUGUUUUACAGAUAUAUUUGGUCCUGCUGCUCAGUAUGACUGCUUCCAGGCCUUCCAGGAAGACCUGUGCAGGUUCCAGGAGGUUUCAGGAAGCAUCCUGAGGGUGAAGAACUCCUCUUCUGUAGCUAAAGAUAACAAGAGAAGGAAAACUGCAGUGCCAGACCGUAUGCAAUAUAGCAGUAUUACUUACUGUUGUAUUCACUUUGGCCAGCCUAAGAUCAGGUCUAAGGGUCUCAGACCUAAGCAGAGGUACCUGCCUUGUGGUUGUCAGUUCUUCAUCACAGCUUCGUACAGCUACAAGUUGGAUACUUUGUUGAUCACCAAAAAGAACCUCAUCCAUAACCACAACCUAGAUAUGGACAUGGCCAAACUCCGAGCUAAGAACCGCCACCGCGAUGUUAAUCAGCUGAAAGAAGUCAAUGAUGUCUUUCAAAUCAAUCCAAGUGGCAUGAAUGUCAGCUCAAUGGGGUGCACAGUCAAGAGCGAGAGGACUACCCCAUCUUCGAUGAACGUCACAGGUUUGGUCGGACCUUAUCUUUUGAAGAAGGAAACUCAUUGUAUAACAGUGUUGGACCAACUGCUGAGAGAUGACACUUAUACAGACGUGACCCUCACAGCUGAGGGUCAGAGUCUAAAGGCACACAGGGUUGUCUUGUGCUUGGCCAGCCCAUAUUUCUGCCAGGUUCUGAGCCGAGAAUUGAACAUGCAUUGUGUAGUCCUUUUGGGAAACGUGAAGUUUUCCGAGCUGCGCAACAUUAUUCGCUUCAUUUAUACAGGUGAAGCGACCGUAGAUGCAGGUGAACUUGAGUCGUUCAUGCGAAUUGCUCAAAUGCUGGAGAUUUCAUCUCUAUGCGAUGCUUUGAAGUGCAUCUCUGACAUUGGUAUUGAGGACAGAAGAUAGUUUCAGCUCAGAGUACAGCAUCAGUGGUGCCGAGUGCCUGGCGCCAGCCAAGAGACCAAGAAGUAAAGCUUCUCCUGUUCCAUGUAAAAUGCAGAAAGUUUCAGGUAAAGAAGAAUCGUCAAGAUGUUCAUCAGUCUUGCCAGUCGUCUCCGGCAACCUGCUCUCAGUUAAAAAUGAACAAUCUGGCUUUGUAACUGCUACCACAUUUCGGUCCAAAUCUGGAAGUGUGGUAAAGGAGGAAACGCUGUUAAAUAAUGAACAUGGAAAUGAAGGACCAGGUGGGAUUGAAAAAUUAACUAAAGAAUCUUCAGGAUCAGCAGAGGAGCUCGCAGCAAUCGUCAGAGAUCGAAAGAUGUCGUCCGAUGUGUCUGGUGGUAACGAGGAUCCUUUUCCCACUGCUGUUGAAUCACAGAUGGAGGAAACUAUAGAAGACAAUGUAGUGAAUAGUGACCCUGAUACGUUAGCUGUCCCUGGAAGAUGUCCCCAUUGUCCUGACUUACCACAGAGGUACGAGAGUGGGGCUAUGAUAAGUCAUCUAGCAACACACCCAUACAAGCCAGCUUACCCCUGCGACUACUGUUGGUGUGUGUUUGUCAAGAGUUCAAACUUCAAGGCUCAUGUCAAGAACUGCCAACCAUCACUGUGAUAGGCCUUUGCCCUAAGUAUUAAAGGCGGUUUUUAAGGAGAUAUAACGUUAAGUACAAUAAACCCCCAAUUUAGUAACCCUUGAUUUAACAGACUUAAGAUAGACGGGACAAAACCUGCUGGGUCAGGUGAUUCUGAAACAAAGAACCAAGUUUGUUGGUUACAUAACUAUUGUUAUUACAGUCAGUGCAAAAUAAUCUCAUGUCAAUUAGGGCUGUGCCAAAGUAUCAAUAUCUGUAUCAGCUCAUGUCUGAUGGUAUCAUUAUUGGCAAAAAUUUUGGUAUGGCCCCAUUACGCAGCUUUGUCCAACACAAUUAACAUUACCGACCACCUGUUUACCAUGUACCAUUCCGUUAAGUCGGCUGUUUACUGUGAUUUUUGUUCAGUUU